AUGGCUUUCAAGUUCAAUUGGCCCGAUUUUACUACUGAAUUCGUCGAUCAAGCCAAACAGUUGUUAACAACAGCGCUUAAUAAAAGUAAUAAGCCGGCGAACAUAGUAGAUCAUAUCGUUGUAAAAGAUUUGAAUAUGGGCACAAAGGCACCCGAGUUAGAAAUAAUGGAAAUUGGAGAAUUAGCAGUUGAUAAAUUCAGAGGAAUCUUCAAGCUGAUAUACAGUGGAGAUGCUCAUUUAACUUUGCAAACAAAAGUGCAGGCAAAUCCAAUGAAUAGUAAUAAAUCAGAUGUAAGCAUGUACACUAGAAGAGGAAUACUUGCAGCUGAUCAACCUCUUGUUGUACCUAUGCUCCUUCGAUUAAGUAACUUAAAGUUGCGUGGAAUUAUUGUAUUGGUAAUCAGCAAACAAAAAGGGAUUACGCUUGUAUUUAAAAAUGAUCCAUUAGAAAAGGUAGAUGUUACAUCUACUUUUGAUAGUAUUUCUAGCAUACAACGAUUUUUACAAACUGAGAUUGAGAAAAGAUUAAGAAUAAUGUUUCAGGAAGAUUUACCUUCAAUUGUUCACCAAUUAUCGUUACAAAAGUGGCUUAAUGUCAGUAAAAGAAAAGAAGAAACAACGUUAAAGCGUGAAUUAUCGGAAAAGGAUCAUAAUUUUGACCGUAACCCCCUGCAUCAUUUACCUGAAAAUACUCCUUAUGAUACCAUGUCUAUGCCAGACCUUCGUUAUCAUACACCAUUAUCAACUCCAAGUUCAGAAUUCUCGAGCAUUUCUCCAGAGUCAUCAUACUAUGCUGAGGAUAGUUAUUCUAAUAUGGGAGACCUCGAUUCUUUAGAUGGUUACCCAGGAUGUUCCACGUAUUCAAAUUUCGGUGAUUUAUUUGAUCGUCAAAAGGAAGAAGGUUUAAAAGCAAUAUCUCAACCCGAUAAAGAUCAUCAUUCGGACAUAAAUCGUCCCAGAGUUUUUCACCGUCAACGAUUUCUUGUAUCUCCUAAACCUCAAAGGAGAGAUUCUUUACCAACCUGGUUACCUUCCAUACAACAAGAGCAAUCAUAUGAUGUUAGGAAACCAUUAAGAAGACAUGUACUUAAUGAAGUAAACCACCAACUCUCACCAAUAAUAACUGCAAGUCAGUUUGUUGAGACAGUCUCCCUUGCAAGUAAUAAGAUGACGGCGGCAAAUCUUCAACGUCAUAAUCAGUAUCAAGUUUCUGAAAGAACUCAACCUUCACACCAUUCAUUUCUUUCACCUAAUACAUCAAAUAAUUUGCCAUGUGACGGUUCUCUGAAUAGUUCGGUUCAUGAUUUCAACCACAUGAAAACCCAAACUUGUACGAAUGAACAUGAUAUUUUAUUACGUCGACAAGAAAUAGUUCUUCAGCCUUCCGAAACAUCAGUCGCUGCACAGCUUGCCACUUUGAUGAAUUCUAAUCAUACUAUUUCUCCUUAUACCCGUACUUUACAACAUCUCACCUUCCGGUCUUUUCCGCAUCCAGCAAACAAGACAUUAACUAAUAAACGAAAGUUGCCCGGUAAAGUUGUGGUCAAAAGAAAUAUUUUGAAAUUUCCUGGUUUGACAACUGGGUUCGGACAAUGUAAUAAUAAUGUUCACGAUCCAGAUAAUAAAGAUUUUAAUGAAAUUUAA